CGUAAACCCCAUGUUAAGGCUAUAAGCACAAUGAAAUGAGCGAGAUGGUGCAAUAUUGCCCACUUCUGGUCAGACGGAGCCUCUGCCGUUGACAAUAACAGUUUCUGGAAAAGUCCAAAGCCACGGCCAUUCUCAUCCCGUGAAUCACGUCGUCAACAUCACCCAGCCUCCCAGUAUAAAAACAAAUCAGAGGAGGCACAGUCCAUCUGCAGGGAAGAAAAAGAAUCCAAGCAGGUGUUAAACCGCUUCUGAAACCAGGACACUAGCAGCCACCAAAGAUGAAGGUCUCAUGGUCUCUGCUGGGACUUUCUCUUCUCUACCUCUCUGUGGAGUGUCUGCUACCACCAACUAAAGAGGACCUCAAUCAGAUCUCACUGUUAGGUGAAAAGUACCUGGAUAAACAGAUUGAAAAUGCCAUCACUGGAGUGAAGGAGAUGAAGACUGUGAUGGAGCGAACAGAAGAGGAUCACAAGAGGUUCAAGUCUGAACUAGAGAAAACAAAGCAACAAAAAGAGAAUGCUCUGAAGGAGGCUCAGGAGAUGGAGGAGAAGCUGAGUGAGCAACAGAGCAUGUGUAAUGAAACCAUGCAGGCUCUGUGGGAGGAGUGCAAGCCCUGCUUGAGAAAAACUUGUGUCAAGUAUUACUCACGCACCUGCAGCAGCGGAGCCGGCCUGGUGGGACGACAGCUGGAGGACAUUUUGAACAGGACCUCUCCCAUCUCCAUUUGGAUCUCCGGGCAGAACAUUGAGACCCUGUUGGACGAGGACCAGCAGCAGACCAGACGCUUCCAGGACCUGGAGGAGCGGUAUACAGAGGUUGCAGAUGGAGUGGACAACAUCUUCAUGGACAGCAUGAAGGUGUUUGACCACAUGCGUUCCUUCCACCAGCCCAGCUUCUUCCCCAGCAUGUUCGGUGGUCAGUCCAGCCGGGCCGCUCGUGUUUACAGGUCCCCUCUGCACAACCCAGAGUUCCACAGCUUCCACAGCAUGUUCCGCCCCAUGAUGGACAUGGCAAGAAACAUGUUCGACUCCUUGGGGCCCUACAUGGGAAGUGAUAUAGACUUCCCUUCUGAAGAUGGCAGAGUAAAUGAGGAUGUUAUUAUAACUAAACCAUUUGGAAAUGAUAAGAUGACCUGCAGGGAGAUUCGUCGCAAUUCUGCUGGCUGCAUUAAACUGAAGGAUGAGUGUGAGAAAUGUAAAGAGAUCCAGCAUAUUGACUGUUCUGGAAAGAGGCCCCUGGAAGGCCCCCUGAAGGAGGAGCUGGAAAGGGCUCUUGCCAGGGCUGAGAGUUUAACCCAGGAGUACAACAACGUGCUAAAACUAUUUGAAGAGGAGAUGUUCAACACCUCUAGUGUGCUGGACCUGUUCAACCAGCAAUUCGGCUGGGUGUCCUCUCUAGCUAACCACACCAAAAAUGAAGAUGGCUUCUUUAAAAUACAGGCAGUGAUGUCAAAAGGCUCCGAUAAAGCAGAGAACCCAGGAGACACUAAAGUGUCAGUCAAACUGUUUGACGGGCCAGAUAUGAGCUUCACAGUGCCGGGAGACAUUCCCUGGAUCGACCCGAAAUUCUCAGAGGUGGUGGCACAGGAGGCUUUGGAUCGUUACAAACAGAACACUGUGGUCACAAACUAAAUGUUUUGGAGGGCAGGCGCUUCUGAUGAAGAAAAGAUAUUCUCUGAGAAACCUGAAAAGCACUUGAGAAGAACCUUAUGAAUUAGAAUUAUAAUACUGAGAGAUGUUGUAUUCAUGUAGCUGGAUGUCUUGUCUAGCAUUAUUCCUGCUGUUUCAUCCUGCUUAACACUCAGAGGCCCUACAGAGAAUGUAUAGAAAAAGUGCUUAUGAACUUAUAAUCAACUGUACAUUGUCAAAUACCAAUAAAACACAAAAUUC